AUGGAACCAGGGCCAGUUGCCGAUUAUCUGUACCAGGAGGGAGUACUUACGUAUCCCGUGUUUGAACGUAUAAAGGAAACAAGGUCAAGGAGCGAGAAAGUGGACACAAUUCUUGAUGUCGUUCCCAGGAGCGGGCCCGAGGCAUUUGAGCACUUUUAUAAUGCUCUCAUUGUGGCAGGACAACAGUUCCUUGCAGACCUAAUAUGGCCAGAUCGUGUUUCACAAACUCAUGCUGAAACUGCAAGCCGCAGAUCUAUGCACGCACAAGCAUCUCAGAAGCGAGAUGAUGAAGACGAUGAUAAACUUCCUGAAAAUUUUCCAACCCCAGAGAUAGCAGACUUUAGUGUGAUAAACAGCCUUAAAGAUGUACAGGAUCCUGAACUGAGGGACUUGCUUACUAACCCUAAAGAGCCAAAGGGGAGAGCCGUGAUCAUCAAUAAUGUGAAGUUUGAUGGUGAUGAGCGUAGGGUGGGCUCUGACAAGGAUGCCACACGACUAGAGCUUCUGUUUGAGAAAUUGAAAUACAAUGUUGUUGUCCAUUCUAACCUGACUGCUGAGGAAAUGCGUGGAAAGUUGAAGGAGGAGUCUGAAAACUUGGAGAAUGCCGCCCACCAUUCCUUCAUCCUGAUCAUCCUCAGUCAUGGCGCCAAUGGUGCUGUUUAUGGAACAGACUGGAAAGAGUUGUCCAUUCCUGCUAUAACAGAUAUUUUCAAUGGGAACAACUGCUCUUUCCUUGUACACAAGCCAAAAUUGUUCUUCAUUCAGGCUUGUCAAGGAGCAAAUGUUGCCAAAAAGUCAGAGGACACAGAGGCAGAUUUUAAAUUUCUUGAGUACUUAAGUAAGCUAGAAGAAGUAGGGAACGCAGUAGAGACUGACGACAGUGAUGUGUCUGUCCGAGCAAUGGCGGACAUACUGAUCGCCAGGACAACCGUACCAGGUAUAGGAAUAUAA